UUUAAAAUCAAUAUACGAUUCUUUUCCCUCCAGAAAACUUCCUAUCUGAUUUUCCGGCCACAAACUUGCGCCUGAAAUGAGAAUCUCCGAGAUCUUGACGCCAGACCUCCGGCAGAGCCUCAACGAGCCUCAGUCUCACGUUCUCUCACAAAUCGAGUCUUCGAUCAAAGAACUCGAACUUCACGCGUUGGUGGCUCCCUUACCGGGAACUAUUACCGCCGACCUCGUUCUCGGUCUCACUCAGCUGAGCUCCCUCGCUCCGUUCUCCAAUUCCGUGAAGCUCCAGAUCUGGAAGCUUAGCUACCGCCUCUGGAACGCCUGUGUUGAUCUCGCCAACGCUGCCGGGGUGCGAUCCUCCUCCGCCGCCAAAUCCGGCGAGGAAAAUGCUAAGCUCCGGCAGGUCUCCGCCGAUUUGCUUUUCCUAGCCACAGACGUCCUCGGAAUCCCGUCCCCAGCUUUCAAGGCCGCCUCGUUCUUCUACAAAACCGGUCUUAUUUGGCACGACCUUCGCAAGUUUGAUGUCGCGAAUACUUGCUUCGAGAAAGCCGCCGAUCUCACCUCUAGGAUCGAUGUUGGGGCUAUUUCCGAUAACGAAGAACGGAAACUCCUCCUAGGUCUGAACAUGGCGAGGUCCAGAACCGCUUGGGAAGUUUCGGACAGGAAUCUAGCGAUUACGUUACUAAAUCGAGGGAAAAAUGUUCUAUUCGGAUGUGCAGAGAACUAUAGAGCUUUAGCCAACCAGUACUUGAUAUUUGGAAAAAUUGCUUUGUCAAAGAAUGAGGCGUGUGGCGUGAACGAAGGGCUGAAAUUGAUGAACGAAGCAUUAGAAUUGUGCGAGAAGGGUCUGAGGAUCGCGAGGAAGCAAGAUGAAACGCUUGCUCUGAAGACACUGAGAUUAAAGACACUUCGGUUCAUUGCGGCGUCACAUUUGCAGAGGGAUGAGUUCGAGAGUGUAUUGAAAUGUGUCAGGGUGUUGAGAGAUGAUGGUGGUGGAGAUGAUCAUCCGAGCUUGAGUGUUUUGGCUAUGAAGGCAUUCUUGGGGCUAGGGAAGUACGGAGAGGCUGAGAAGGAGCUAAAGGGUAUGGUGGUAGACGAGGGGAUUCCGGAGGGUGUUUGGGUAUCAGCGGUGGAGUCCUAUUUUCAGGCUGCUGGAGUGGCUGGGGCAGAAACUGCAAAGGGGAUUUUCUUGGGAAUCCUGGGAAGGUGCCGAGUUAGUUCAGGUGCAGCAAUUAGGGUGGUUAGCAGGGUGGUUGGGGAGGGUGUGACCAGUGAAGGCUCGAGGAUAAGGGCCAAGUUAGUGGCUGAACUGGUGUCAGAUGAGAGGCUGGUGGCUAUUUUUGCUGGAGAGGAAGCUGCAAAAGAGAGGACAGCAAUGCAUGCCGUUCUGUGGAACUGUGCUGCAGACCAUUUUCGAUCUAAAGAUUAUGAGACAAGUGCGGAGAUGUUUGAAAAGUCUAUGCUCUACGUACCUUAUAAUAUAGAAAAUAGGACUCUCCGAGCAAAAGGGUUCAGAAUUUUAGGUCUCUGUUACCUAGGCCUCUCCCAGCUAGAUCGAGCUCAAGAGUACAUCAGUGAGGCUGAAAAGAUUGAACCCAAUAUAGCAUGUGCUUUCCUUAAGUUCAAGAUUAGUCUGCAAAAGAAUGACCACAAUGGAGCUAUUACUCAAGUGCAAGCUAUGACUACUUGCCUCGACUUCACGCCUGACUUCCUCUCUCUUUCAGCCCAUGAAGCUAUUGCUUGUCGCGCUCUUCCUGUGGCCGUUGCCUCUCUAUCCACUCUCUUAAACUCUUACCCCACAGGGAAACCCAUGGCAUCCACGAAGGUCAUGGUGCUGCGCACCCUAGUCACAAUCCUCACACAAGACCCUAGCAACGAGUCUGAAGCCCUCAAAUACAUGAAACAAGGUUAUAAGAUAUCAUGUGAGCUUGGUCCUGCUUGUUUCUUUGGGAAAGGUGAGGUGGGCAGAAGGGAACGGGAUUGGCUUGCUGUGAACUCAUGGAAUAUGGGGACUAGAACAGGCAAGGAGAAAAAUUAUGAAUUAUGCGCAGAAUUCUUUAGAUUGGCAUCAGAAUUCUACGGUGUUACGGUAGAUGGUGAAAUAGAAGGAAACAAUGCAAUGGUUUGCAAAUCAUUGAUAUUGACUGUAUCUGCCAUGAUAGCUGAUGAGAAGCAUCAAAAGGCCAUAAUGUUGGACACUGAAGUGAAGCAAGCCAUUGAGCUGCUAGACAGAGCUGGAAAGAUAUUAUCAUGCAUCUCUACCAGGAACCAAUCAAAUGGCGAUGAGAUCACCACGGUUGGGCCUGACUACUUCUUUAUAUACACCUUGAAUGCAUAUGAUCUGCAUGCAAGGCUUAAGGGAACAGGAUCCCAACAGCUCCUCCUGAUAAAAAGCUUUGCAGCCUCAAAAUCUUGCAAUCCUAAUUAUCUUCUUCAGCUUGGCCUCCAUGCCUCACAAGGCCCACAUUCCAAUCCUGAAGUAGCCACCUUUGCCCUAAAUACCUGUCUCUCUGCUCUCCUCGAUUCCCCUUUUCCAAAUUACCGGCAUGUGGCUCUCACAGUCAGGAAACUGAUUGCUGUUUGUGCCGUUCACAAGGGCGACUCAGAUGAUGUUUUACAUGGACUGUACAAGCAAGCAUACCGGAUAAUGGUCGGGUUAAAGGAGGGGGAGUAUCCAAUUGAAGAGGGGAAGUGGCUGGCCAUGACAGCAUGGAACCGAGCGGCUCUCCCCACGAGGCUGGGGCAGGUUGAGGCAGCGAGGAAGUGGAUGAAUAUGGGGUUGGAACUGGCCGGCAAGGUCCCUGGAAUGGACGCUUACAAGUCAUGCAUGGAAGGGUUUCUUGCCGGCUUCGAAAAGAAGUUUCAUGCCCUCGAGAACAGUAGUGAAUGCAGGUCUGAAAUCUGAAGAAACUACUACCAUUACUACUACUAGGUAAGAUAGAUCACCAGUUUGCAUAGUCCCACAUUCCUUCACUUUGUACAUGAUUUUAGUUUUAGUCUUCUUUUCAACACCCAAUUGACAACCAAUUUGUAGACAGAACACAUAAACUUUCUUAUUAUACAUCUGUUAUCAGAUAGCUUUCAAGAAAACACUCUCAACAUGCAUUGCACUAGAAACUAGAAGGUGUUCAUACUUUAGAAUUUGGACCUGGUUUCCCAUACUUGUAAAAGUU